AAAAGCUACGUAGCUAUCGAUCUAGUAGCGGCCAGCCAUCUGACGUUGACGUUGAGUUGGUGGUGGCUGAGUAGAAACGCUCAGUAACAGGCCGCUGGCUCGCCUGUUAUUUCGGACGACAGAACUGGAGAAGAAGAGAAGGGAUGGUGCAGCCCCAACCUGAUGGGCCGAUGCAGUGGGAGAUGUCAGGGGAAGAGAGCGGCGGGACUCUCAGGGUCCCUCCGGAACUGGCAUCUAAUGAAGUGGUCACCAGGUUGCUGGGUGACAACCAGCAGCUUAGAGAGGCCUUGCGGCGGAGCAACGUAGCCUUACGUCAGCGCUGUGAGGAGAUGGAGGGAUGGCAGCAGAGGACAAGAGAUGAAAGGGAGUUUCUGAGCUGUCGUUUCCAGGAGGCCAGGGCCCUGGUGGAGAGGCUGGCUCAAGAGAACCACUCCCUGCAGAGCCUGGUGAACGGGCCGACCUCUGACCUCUCCUCUAACCACUGCUGCAGCUCCAGCCAGACUGAAGACCUGCAGGACCCCCCAGCGAGGAGCAGAGCACUGGAGGGACCACAGACUCUACAUCUGCGGGAGAAGACCAGGGUUGAAGAGACGGACCGGCACACACAGACCACACCACCUCGCAGCCUGCCUGUGGAAGGUGCAAAUGACUUCCUCCAGGUGCUGAAGAGCCACAAAGAAAAACUGGAGGAAGGCAUGAGAGAGCUGAGGAGGAAAAACGAAGAGAUGGAGAGGGAAAGAGAUGAGGCAGCGAAGGAGAGAGAUCGAAUGCUGCGCUGCAUUGACCAGCUCCGGGCCAAACUGACACAGACAAGCAGCGCUACCGAGGAGGUUGCUCAGCAUCGCUCUGAGGCGCAGCACUCCUCCGACUGCUCUAGCCUGGCUAAACUCACAGAGCAGCUUCAGGCCACACAGGGCAGGUAUCAUGAGUUGGAGGAGAAGCUUGAUUACCUGCAGAAGAGCUCGGCUCAGCGGGACAAAACUGAAGCUCUGCUCAAACAGAAGGACAAGGACUGCGCCCAGCUGGCCAAGGACUGCGAGGCUCUGAAAGCUCAAGCAACGUCCCUAUUAGGAGAGCUGAACGAGAGGCAGAGCUGCCUGGAUAUGAGCGAGCAUGAACGUAAAGUGUCAGAGGAAAAGCUAUGCAGUAAGAUGAAGGCCCUGCAGGUGGCUGAGCAGGAGCUGGAGCAGCAGAGGAAGCAGCAUCAUGUGGCCAUGGACAAGCUGCUGCUGCAGACACAGAGCCUGGAGCAGGCCCUGAAGACAGAGAGGCACGUGGUCACGGAGGAGAGGAAAAAGCUGAGCCAGUUGCAACACGCCUACACGUGUCUCUUUAGAGACUAUGAUAAUAAAGUGAAGAGUGAGUUCCAGGGAGAAGAUCUGUGCAGCCGACUAGAGGAAGCGGAGCGAGCGCUGGCCCUGAAGCAGGACCUGAUUGAUAAACUGAAGGAGGAGGUGGAGCAACAGAAAGGCUCCUUGGAGACUGUUCCAGUCCUCACUGCACAGGCUGAGAUCUACAAGGCAGAUUUCCUGGCCGAGCGAGAAGCCAGAGAGAAGCUGAACCAGAAGAAGGAGGACCUGCAGGAUCAGCUGACUCAGGCCUUGGCUGAGAUUGACAAACUCAAACUGGAAGCCACAUCACGUGUUCGUAUGGAGCAAAUGAAGCUGAGACACCUGGAAGACUUCCCAACACGGGCCCCACACAUUCCCCCUCCACAAGCUUUCAACACGGUGCCCCCUGCCCCCUCCUUCCGAAACCCUGGGUUGGUAGCAGGGGGGGCAGCCGGAGCUGAGGAGCUGCCCGAUUUAUGUUGUCCUAAGUGCCACUACCAGGCUCCAGAUAUGGACACGCUGCAAAUACAUGUCAUGGACUGUAUACAGUAAUUUGAGCACAGUUCAUUUACAACAUAUAUAUACAUAUAUCUAUAGAGGUAAAUGUGUAUAGGUAACACAGUAUAUUGACGUUCCUUGUGUCUUCUCUUGUCAUCCUGGAAAAACAUGUUGGUGGUUGCACCUUAUCUCUCUGCCUUGUCACCUAAUAACCUUGUAAUCUAGAUACAUACUGUGGAUGCUACCAUUUAACAAAUCAAAUAUGUCUGAAUUUAGACAACAAUCAUCACCAACAACAACUAUAUGAACCGGUGAAUGCAAAGAUUGACUAGAUAAUCAGCAUGGUAUGUUCCCAUAGAGAAUCCUGCAGGGAUUCAACAUUUGAUGUAGCUUUUCCACUUCUGUCACUGCCCUUUUCUCUUCUUUUGUAUUUCUCUUUACCCCCUUGCCCCUUAGCUGGCACACUGAUGCACAUCUGUAUAUGUUUAUGAUCCCUGAUGCAUCGUCCCUCCUUAAAUGAGGAGGUAUCUAGAUACUGUGGAGUGUUGGACUGAAUCAUCCACAUUAUUCACUUUGAUCAUCAAGCUGGGAAAUAAGUGAGAAGGAGAAACACAUGAUAAUGUGAAGAACCUGGUGAGCUUAAAUAGUAUUGAAUGUUCAAAGAUGUUUUGGUCAUAUAUGUUGCUGUCUACAUUGCCUAAAAACAUGUAUUAUGUGUUUGAGAUGGAUUUUGUCUUAUUGUAAAAAAGCAGCCGUUCUCCGUAUUCUACGGCUGUGUAGACCUCUGCUUUAGAUCUGAUGCUAGACCCGACCUUCAACCCGACAUGGCUCAUUUUGUGCCCCUUAUUCUGUAUUAUCCAUAACUGUCAAGCACAUUGAGGGUCUUUCACUUGUGAGUGAAUAUUAUCAGCAAUUACAGAUCAUUUGGUUCAAAAAUUCUUGUUUUCAAACUGUCGAAGAUUUACAAAAUAAAGUCAAAAGAAAUCA